CAUCUGUGUCAGUACCAUAUUUUGACCAUAGGAGGCAGUGUGGAUUUUCCGUAGAGGAAAUAUCGCGAUAACGCGUCUCAUAAAAACCAGCGGAACUUCUCGCAGGCCUUCUUCCUGUUAUAACGAUCACCAAAUGGCGGACGACGCCGGUGGUAGAGGAGGUUUUCGCGGAGGUUUUGGCGCCGGUGGCCGCGGUCGGGGCCGUGGACGCGGCAGAGGCCGUGGCAGGGGCCGUGGUGCCCGGGGCGGCAAGUCUGAGGACAAAGAAUGGGUGCCCGUCACCAAGCUGGGCCGUCUGGUAAAGGACAUGAAGAUCAAGUCCCUGGAGGAGAUUUACUUGUACUCUCUGCCCAUCAAGGAGUCUGAGAUUAUCGACUUCUUCCUGGGUUCUGGUCUGAAGGACGAGGUGCUGAAGAUCAUGCCCGUGCAGAAGCAGACCAGGGCUGGUCAGCGAACCAGGUUCAAGGCCUUUGUUGCCAUCGGUGACUACAACGGCCAUGUGGGUCUGGGUGUGAAGUGCUCCAAAGAGGUGGCUACAGCCAUCCGUGGAGCCAUCAUCCUCGCCAAGCUGUCCAUCGUCCCCGUAAGGAGAGGUUAUUGGGGUAACAAGAUCGGCAAACCCCACACUGUACCCUGCAAGGUGACCGGCCGCUGUGGCUCCGUGCUCGUGCGUCUCAUUCCUGCUCCCCGUGGUACUGGCAUCGUGUCUGCCCCAGUGCCCAAGAAGCUCCUAAUGAUGGCUGGUAUUGACGACUGCUACACUUCAGCCAAGGGCUGCACAGCAACGCUUGGCAACUUUGCUAAGGCCACCUUUGACGCCAUCUCCAAGACUUACAGCUACCUUACCCCUGAUCUCUGGAAGGAGACUGUGUUCACAAAGUCUCCCUACCAGGAGUUCACGGACCAUUUGGCCAAGACUCACACCAGAGUGUCUGUGCAGAGGGCACAACAGGGCGUUCAGGCAGCCGCCUCCUAAACCUUUUUGUACAGACGUCGUUGAAUAAACGUUCUGGAAAAACAAUGAAA